CAACUGAAACAGAGAUGGGAUGCAAGACGCCAAAAGCUGAAGUCCUGAUGCCAUCAAAGGAUACCCCCUGCCCCAUUCACAUCUCCUUCAUGCCAUUAAUGGGCAAAAAGAAGGUGAAAGAAGGUGACUACUCCAGUGUGGCUGAAGCAGGUAGUUCUGCAGAAUGAAGCCAGAGAAGUGUUCAGCCGGCCCUUCCCCUUGGUCAAGGAGGAAGGAACAGGUCAGCAGGAUGGCCAGGGUCCCAAACAAGAUCCAUCCUCUCCUCACACCACUCCCAGACACACUGCCUCACCUCUCAUUUUCUCCAAGUCCUGCUCCCAUCCCCCUUCCCCACUCUCAGCCCCGCCUCUUUUCCUAAGCAGCAGCUUAUGAUUUUCCUGUAGGUGGCAGUAGGUGGCAGCACACCCAGCACAGAUCACAUAAAAUGCAGGUCUCAGAGGCUAGGAACCACAACCUGUCCCUAGAAAUUUCUUCCAUAGAAAUAAAAACAGCUGAGGUCAUAUUCCAUCCUCUUAAGUAGUUCCCACACCCUCACAACACAAGCCACCACCACAGACACACACACAAGCUGCUGUUGCUUUUGCUAGGGAAUCCUUCCUCCAUGACCCCCUCUAGGCCCCUCCUUCCUGCCCCCCACCCCCACCUUGGACUUUGUCCUUCUUACUUGCCAGGCAGGAGGGCCAGAGUCCAGGAUUGACUCAUCCCUACCUCACCAGGGCCAAGACCCCAGCUUUGUAACAGAAAACAACAUUUCAGCCCCAGUACAGCAGAGAACCACCCAGCCCAUAAGUCACAGAGAAGAGGCAACCUUCUACUCCUUCCUUCCUCCAUGGAAUACCUCUCAGGCCUGAAUCCCGGCGGUCUGCUCAGGUCAGUAUCCAGUAUGAGCUCAGAGCUUGGCCGGAGGGUCUGGCCUUCAGCUCCACCACCCCAGCGACCUUUCCGUGUCUGUGAUCACAAGCGGACCAUCCGGAAAGGUCUGACAGCUGCCACCCUCCAGGAGCUGCUAGACAAGGCUUUGGAGACCCUGCUACUGAGUGGAGUGCUGACAUUGGUGCUAGAGGAGGAUGGGACUGCCGUGGAGAGUGAGGACUUCUUCCAGCUGUUGGAGGAUGACACAUGCCUGAUGGUGCUGGAAUCUGGGCAGAGCUGGAGCCCUACCAGGAGUGGGGUGCUGUUAUAUGGCCUGGGCCGGGAGAAGCCCAAGCACAGCAAGGAUAUCGCCCGCAUCACCUUUGACGUGUACAAGCAAAACCCUCGAGACCUCUUUGGCAGCCUGAACAUCAAAGCCACAUUCUACGGGCUCUACUCCAUGAGUUGUGACUUUCAAGGACUCGGCCCAAAAAAAGUACUCAGGGAGCUCUUACGUUGGACCUCCACACUGCUGCAAGGCCUGGGCCAUAUGCUGCUGGGAAUUUCCUCCACUCUUCGCCAUGUGGUAGAGGGGGCUGAGCACUGGCAGCAACAGGGUCGCCUCCAUUCCUACUAAGAAGGAACACUGAGCUUUUGCCCCCAGACUCAUGCCAAGAGACACACUGUGAAGACUCUGACAGCAUCAGAUUUUCGGACCAGCAGACAUUGCAGGCUAGGUAACACAUCCAAUCUCCCCGCUGCCCUCUGACCCCAUUGUGAUAGAACCCAACAGCAUAAUGCCUUAUAGCCCUAGCCUGUAACCUUUCCUGAAGAAUGCUGUCCCAUCCUAGCCAUAUCUCCAGCCUCCCACUUACCACGAAAGGCCACAAGCCUAUUCCCAAGCAUCUUGAGCCCAUCCAGAUUGCUGCUACAUCUAGAUUCCUUAGCCACUCCACCUGUCCCUAAGCUCCCCAGCAGCCUCUCUGACUUUACCUAGAGAUCUCUAUUUCUUCAUACCCUUCCCCACAAAAAUAACAAAAACAUUUCCAGUAAAAACAUAAAAAUG